GAUGCGCAUGCGCAGGGGGAUUUUUUUUUCUUUCGUUGGUUAGUGGCGCGCGCACCUUUCCUCCGUCCAGAAUGAGUGUUUUUAUCACAUUUUGGGCCUCAGUGGUCAAUAUAUUAUGCUGCCCUCUUCAUUUAAUUAAAGCAGUGGGUUUGUAUGAAGGAUACAAACGCAUCUUUCCUUUCUGCUGCAACCUAAUGACAGGAAAGUACAACAAGAAAAUGCACGACCAGAAGAAGGAGCUGUUCCGCAGCCUGUCGGAGUUCGCUCCGUCCCGCGGACCGCUCACUAUCCUGGAGGUGGGCUGCGGGACUGGAGCAAACUUUGAGUUCUAUCCAGCCGGUUCCAGAGUGCUGUGCACGGAUCCAAACCCCCACUUCCAGAAGUACCUGAAGACCAACAUCGAGAAGAACGACCACCUGACCUACGAGCAGUUCGUGGUGGCCUCUGGGGAGGACCUGGGGUCGUUUGAGGACGAGUCCGUGGACGCGGUGGUCUGCACGCUGGUGCUCUGCUCCGUCCGUGACGUCACAGCCACUCUGCGGGAGGCCAUCCGAGUCCUGCGGCCGGGGGGGGCCUUCUUCUUCCUGGAGCACGUGGUUGCAGAUCCCUCCACCUGGACGCACUUCUUCCAGCACGUCAUCCAGCCUCUGUGGUAUUACUUUGGGGAUGGAUGUGCCGUCACGCGGGAGUCAUGGAAGAACCUGGAGGAAGUGGGAUUCUCUGACCUCAAGCUGAGGCACAUUGAGGCCCCGCUUGCCUUCAUCAUCAGACCACACAUUGUUGGCUAUGGCGUCAAAUGACUUCAGUCUUGUGAGCUGUCUUUGCAGCCUGCGUGGAGGUGUUUAUUUAACUUUGUCUUCUCAUUCUAAGAGAUGUGAAAGAUCAAAAAAAAAAA